AUGUCCAGCUCGACGGCCAUUGACGGCGCUGGCUCCCCGACCCGGUCCUAUCGCAGUCGUCGGAUCGGCCUGCACGAGCGUUUCUGCCUGGCGCGCAACAAUGUCGGCUACGCACCGAUCGUGUGCAUCGUCGGCUCCUUUUCCCUCGGCCCCUCGUCGCCGUCGUCGCGACUCACACUCGAGGACAUGACGAGGAUCGUUUCGACGAGGAUCGACAACCUCCUCGCGCUGCUUCCCCUGCUAUCGUCGCGGAUCGAGGAUCGAUACGAUCCAAAGACGACCUGGAUCCCACCCUGCGCAGAGAACGGCGUCGAGGCGGCUACGAUCCUGCAUCUCCACCCCAUGCAGCAUCUGCCGUCACAAGAGCAAGGCAACGACGAGAGGAUGGGCGAGAUCAUGCACACGCGCCGCGAAGCGUGGAUGCACGACGUCGACGUCGAGUCGGGUCCGCUGUGGCGCGUCGACCUCUACCCCUUUUCCUCCUCCUCCUCCUCCUCCUCCUCCUCGCCGGCCGCGUCAGAUGCAGGGCCGGACGAGGUGGUGGUGAGCCUGACGACGCACCACGUCAUGGUCGAUGGAAAGGGUGCCGUCAACCUCUUUUCCACCUUGCUCGCCGCGUCCCCCUCUCCCUUUGAUCUCGAGUGCGAAGCGCGGAGGUGGGGCGAAGAGACGCGACGCAUCACGGGUCGCCGCGACGCCGACGAGGAUGGUGCCGGUGCACUGCCGCCGACGUCGGAUGGGGAUCUGGAUAUGAAGCCGUCCUGGCGCAUCCUCCUACCCGUCCUCGUCGAGACGUUGCUCAAGCCCCUCCUCCCGCAGCGCGUGUGGCAGUGGUAUGCGGGCGCCGAGUCCUGGCCGGGUCACCUCCCUUCCUCUCCCGAGUCGGCCCAUCAGAACGCAACGACGAGGGGGCUCAGGAAGCCACCGCACCUCUGUCCCGCCCACACCUCGAUCCUCUCCUUGUCGACGCCCCGCCUCCUCUCCCGCCUCAAGCGACGCGGCUCCAAACACGGCGUCGCGACGGUACAGGGACUCGUACACGCCGCCGCCUCUGUCUCGCUCUGGUACGCCGCCAUCACCGGCAACGACGAGAAUGAGGACAGGGAGGGCCAGAGGGGGAUCAGGGUGACGAGCGAGACGCCCUUUUCGGCCCGGGUGCCCGCGCGGGGCCACGGGGCGUGCACGGGCAACUACGUCGGCGAUCUCCCGUACACGGCCACGCUCGAUCCAGCAACGUCGUUCUGGAACAUGGCAAGGCGCUACGCCGACCUCAUCUCGAAACCUUCGACGCUCCAAGACGCGCUGCAAGGUCUGGGUCUUCUCUCCUACAUCCCCGACCACCCUCCCUCCUCGAGUCCAACGACGCCACGGCAGGGCGGGAUGGAGGCCUUCUUCACGGCGCGGAUGCACAGCCCCACGCCGCACCGCUGCUCGUUUGGCCUCUCGAAUCUCGGUGCGCUCGACGUCGACGCCCUCCUCGCACCGUGUCGCAACGUCGUAUGGUCCCAGACCCCGUCGCCGUUCGGUCCGGCCAUCCUCCUCGAUUGCAUCGGCUUCAAGCGGUCGCACUCCCAGCGCGACCGGAAGCUGGGGGAAGAGGAAGAGGAAGAGGGGCGAGGACAGGUCGAGUUGGCGAUCUCCAUCAGCCAUCGGCGUGGUGCCCUCGACCCCGGCGUCGUGUCCCGGUUCGAGGGGACGUUGCGCUCCGUCGUCCUCUUUCUCGCCGGUCAGCAAUCGGACGACGAAGACGAUGGACAAGGCGAUAUCACCGUCGAGCAGCUGGUCCAGGCGUCGCUCGAGGGUCGCAGUCGAAGAUAA